AUGAAAUCAGCUGCAGCAAUGCCAACCAUCCUGUUGAGAAUGUUGCAAUUACACAAGCUCCUAAGCUCAAUCUUCCUAUACUUGGUGCCCAACAAGCUGAGAACUUAUCUCCCACCUUCUUGGUACCAACACCAACACGAAAGAGAGCCCACUCGAAUAAUGGACCCUGACGAGCUGAAACGAGUUUUCCAAAUGUUCGACCACAACGGGGACAGGCGGAUCACAAGGGACGACCUCAGCAGGUCCCUCGAGAACAUGGGCAUCUUCAUCCUGGACGCUGAGCUGGCGCACAUGAUUGCCAAGAUCGAUGCCAACGAGGACGGGUGUGUCGACAUGGACGAGUUCCGGGUUCUUUACCUAAACAUCAUGAGUGAGGGAGAUGAGGAGACGAGGGAAGCCUUCAACGUAUUUGACACCGCCGUCGACCACGGAGAUGGCCUCCACCAGCAGCACUGCCUCUGCCUUCCGUCGCAAGCUUUUUGGCCACCGGAGAUGUCGACGUCAGCCACAACCCGAAGCUUCACGCCGGUCACGUUCGGUUGUGCUUCGACGCAACGCCUCUCGGCGGAACGCCACGGUUUCGAGGCCGCAAAAUCCAACCUGAGCUACCGGAGCCUUCGAGUUGGUCGCGGAUGCGGGAAGACGUCUGCCGCCGUCAUCGCCGGAAUACAAGAGUCACUGAUGUUCGGAACACGACCUUCUCGCUGA